CCAUCAUGGCCCUGCCUCUAUCUACCUCGAGCUUAAAGCCCAGCACGAUCUGCCUCGCCGAGUCAGUGUGAGCGAGCUCUUGCCGUAGUAGUAGUAACACUCGCGCUGCGCUGUGGUUGGUGCGGCCGGAGCCCGGAGAGACAGAGAGAGAUAGAGAUGAUGCUGGGAGGGCAAGGCGGCGGCGGGAGGUGCCUGUUCACGGCGUCGCAGUGGCGGGAGCUGGAGCACCAGGCGCUCAUCUACAAGUACAUGGCCGCCGGCUCGCAGGUGCCCCACGAGCUGGUCGUCCCGCUCCGCCACCGCGACGCCGCCUUCGCCUCCAUCGACACCGCCCCCUCCCUCGCCUGCUUCCCUCCACCGCAGCCAUCCCUGGGGUGGGGGCUCUACGGGACCGGGGCGCAGUACGCGCGGAAGCCGGAGGACCCGGAGCCUGGGCGGUGCCGGCGGACGGACGGCAAGAAGUGGCGGUGCUCCAGGGAGGCGUACGGGGAGUCCAAGUACUGCGACAGGCACAUGCACCGCGGCAAGAACCGUUCAAGAAAGCCUGUGGAACCAAUGUCCUCCUCCUCCUCCUCCGUCUCCUCCCCGGCGGCCUCCUACCGCCAGACCACCCUCUCCAUGUCGCCCCCCACGCCGGCCGACGCGCCCAGCUACGGCCACGGCCACGGCCAAGACCACCUCCGCGCAGCUGCUGCUCAGAGCCAGAUAAACCCUCUCCAGCUCCACCUCGACACCCGGUCUCCCCCGCCGUCCUACCACAGGUACGCGCCGGCGCAGCAGUACGGGGGUUCCUACUUCACGGGCAGGCAGCAGGAGGCGGAGGCGGAGGCGAGGCGGCGGCAGCACUUCCUGGCUCUCGGCGCCGACCUGAGCCUGGACAAGCCGGACGCCACCGCCGCAGCGUCCUCGACGACCGAGGACAAGCCGCUGCGGCGCUUCUUCGACGAGUGGCCGCGCGACGGGAACGCCGUCGAGGGCAGGCCCUGGAACAUGGGCCACCGGGACGAGACGCAGCUCUCCAUGUCCAUCCCCACGACGACGGCCUCGCACCCCGACCUCGCGGCCUACCGCCGCCGCAACGAUGAAUAAUCAAACCAGCCGGCGCAUCCCGCUGCUCCUGCAAGAACGCUGCUUCUCCAGUCCAGUUCAGUCCAGUCCUUCGGCGCGUCCUCAGAGGAUAUGAAGUGUGAUCGAUGAAACCUAGUGCUAGUACUCCGAUCGAUGUUAGGGCCGUUUGUUUCCGUGCAAUCUUUCCGUUUGAUCGUCCAAAGCAAACCCGAUUUCAUUUGUACCCGGUACUUGUGAGCUCAAGGUCUAGUGUAAUAGGAGCACUACUAGUACUACUACUACUGUAGUCAGGGCACCGCUGCCUUUUCAUUUCGUUACGUAUUAUCUUGCUUGCUUGCA